AUGGUUGCAUUGAACAGCGAGGUUCGCGCCCGGCGCCGGGCAGCGAUCCCGCCCGAGCGAUGGCAGGAGCUCCACGCCCUCAUGCGCAGCUCGUUCCGCGGCCUCACGUUCGAGUCGACCCGGCGACUCUGUACGGAGCUGGCUUUGCCGCGGUCACCCGCCCGGGGCCAAAUGACGAGAGACAUUGCUGCCAUCAUUCGCCAGUUCUACGCUGCCACCGACAUGAGUGUCGACGACGGCAAUGAUGGCGACUUGAAUGGUGCUUCGAGCGACGAGAGCGCAUGCUGUGAGAUCUGCGACGGGAGCGACGACGCUGAUGCCAGCUUGCUCUGCGACGGGUGCGACCGAGAAGAAGACAAUGAAGUUGAAGAGAUUGAUGACGCGGAUACAGAGAGCGCCGUGACACCCACGCCCGAGGAGCUGCCCCGAGGCAUGUGCGAGAUGAACGAGCUGCUCGUCCAUGCGUGCGCGUGCGACGACGCGCCGUGCGCGACGUACUGCGACCUGUGCUUGGCCAUGAAGCGUCUGCUCCAGUGCACGAGUUGGUUCUCCUUCAGCGCCGAAGUACUCGCCAUGCCCUUUGUCGAUGGCGUGAUCGAGCUCUUCGUGUUUCAUGCGACCCACUGUACGACGCGCGAGAGUACUCGUACUAACUGCAGCGUGCCCCUGUGCCAGCAGCUGCACGCGACCGUAGACAGUAUGUCGCCAUAAGUUGUUUGAAUGGAUCGUUUGAGAGUCAG